UGCGUUCUUCCGGUUCAACAUUCCAAUUCCUAAAAUGGCGGACCGGCGGCGGAGACGGCGGCGCGCGUCCCAGGACAGCGAGGAGGACGAUGAGUCCGGUUCGGGUUCGGAGAAACCAAGGUCCGGGUCACCUGCGGCGAAGCCCCGUGGAAGGGACCCGGAGCCCGUGGAAGUGGUAGCCAACCGGACAUUACCGAAAACCGAAGCCGAAUCAGAAUGUGAGAGUGAAGAUGAAGUAGGAGAAGCAGUGCUCUCUGACUAUGAAAGUGCAGAUCCUGAGGAAGAGAAUGGCUCUCAUUCUGAGGGAGGAGAGGAGAGAGAAGAUUUCUACAGCGAUGAAGAGGCCUCAGCCAGCCGAGCUCAGAGCUCCACCACCAAAGCCCCUGAACAGGUGGCCGAGCUGGUGGUGGAGGAGGAGCGGGCAGUAGUGAAGUUGGAAGACGGUGGAUUGGAAGACGGUGGAUUGGAGGAUGGUGGAGGGUUGGUGGAAGGCGGCGACUUGGUGGAAGGCGGCGUCUUGGCGGAAGGUGGCGACCUGGCGGAAGGCGGCGACCUGGCGGAAGGCGGCGACCUGGCGGAAGGCGGCGACCUGGCGGAAGGCGGCGACCUGGCGGAAGGCGGCGACCUGGCGGAAGGCGGCGACCUGGCGGAAGGCGGCGUCCUGGCGGAAGGCGGCGUCCUGGCGGAAGGCGGCGUCCUGGCGGAGGGCGGCGUCCUGGCGGAGGGCGGCGUCCUGGCGGAGGGCGGCGUCCUGGCGGAGGGCGGCGUCCUGGCGGAGGGCGGCGUCCUGGCGGAGGGCGGCGUCCUGGCGGAGGGCGGCGUCCUGGCGGAGGGCGGCGUCCUGGCGGAAGGCGGCGACCUGGCGGAAGGCGUUGUCAUGGUGAAAGGUGGCGAAAUGCCGGAAGGUGGAGAGAUGGUGGCAGGCGGCGAUUUGGUGGAAGGUGGCGAUUUGGCGGAUGAUGGAGAGUUCCUGGAAGAUGGAGAAUUGGUUGAAGAGGAAGGACAACAAGAAGACGGGGAGGAUAGAGAAGAGAGUAAGCUGGAGGGCAAGGUUGACGAGAAGGAAGGGGAUCGGUCUGGAGAGAGGCAGAGUGGAGAUGGACAGGAGUCCACUGACGAUCCAGAGGCUAAGCCGGGUCAGAAGUUGGAUGAUGAUGAGGACAGGAAGAACCCGGCCUAUAUCCCCAGGAAGGGGCUGUUCUUCGAGCACGAUGUCAGGGGACACGCCCAGGAGGAAGAGAGACCUAAAGGCCGUAACAGGAAGCUGUGGAAGGACGAGGGCUGCUGGGUGCACGACCGCUUCCGGGAGGAGGAGCAAGCGCCAAAGAGCAGGGACGAACUGGUGUCCAUAUACGGUUAUGACAUCCGGAACGGGGGUCGGCAGACACGAGACACGCAGUACAGACAGCGGCGACCGAGACAGGAAACGUCACCCAGCAGAGACAAGCGCUGGAGUGGUGGUGGUGGUGGUGGUGGUGGCGGCGGUGGCGACAGAGGUGGCGGCGACAGACCAGUCCGCUCUUGGCACAGUGGCGGCGGCAGUAACCGCAUGGGAGCCCCGCCUCCUUCAUCUUCACACCCAUCUUCCUCUUCCCCUCUCCCGCCUUCCUCCUCUCAACGCAGCCAACACCCACCGCCCUCCAGCAGACCACCGCCCCCAAACCACGCCCCGCCCAACCGGGGCUUCCAGAACAGCAGACCGUCUCAGCACAACGCCCCGCAGCAGUCUCAGUACAGGAACAAUGAAUCAAACGCACCUCCUCACUACGGUCGAGACAGGCAGGGUCCCAAGGCGGAGCCGGGCCACGGCCACCGGCAGGCUUUCUCAUUGGCCGACGAGGAGCCGGGCGUGGUGAACAGGACGGGGCGUGGCAGCGUCGGGAGGGGCGGUCCCUCUGUGGUGGUCGAAGAGAUCUACAGCGACAACGGCGGCACGCAAGAGGACAACGUCCGCACCGCUUCCCCGCAGGCCUCGGCGCACACGGGCGGACGCAUGUCGUCGCCGCCGCCGCCGCGGCGACAUCAUCAUCAGCUGGAGCAGAGGGGCGUCGCUGAUCGGUCGGGCUCCUCCGGGUCGGCGGUGUCGGAUCCCAGGUCCGCACCGGCCAAUCAGGAGGCCUCGCCGCCUCCCGAGCGGCCGGUGGAGCGCAAGUCGUACUCGUUGGCGCGCAGGACUCGCUCGCGCCCCGCCGACCUGGGCAGCAAGCAGACCUCCGUUGAGGAGACGGCGGGGGUUGUUCCCUCGGCGACCGGCACCGCGGGCAAGAGCUGGGCGGCGGGAGAAGGCCCCGUCCCGACGGCGGCGCCGGGGCUAGCGGUGCUGGACCAGGAUCUGGCCAGGAUGAAUCGGUCUGGGCCCAACUGGGCUCAGAACCCCACAUCCUACAUGCGCUCCGAACUCCGAGGACUCCCGACCCCCAUUCAGAUGCCCGGGGGUCCACCUCAGUUCCCUGGCAUGGAGGAGAUGGGUGUGGGCGCCAGCAGGGCCAAGCGCUACUCCUCCCAGCGGCAGCGGCCCGUGCCCGAGCCCGGCCCGCCCCUCCACCUCGGGGUGAUAGAGGGACACUACUACGAGCCCAUGUCGUACCAAGGACCAAUCUAUGCUCACGGUGAAACCGCGGCCCCCAUCCCUCCCCAAGGCAUGCUGGUCCAGCCCGAGAUGCACAUCCCCCACCCUGGACUCCACCCACACCCAUCCGCCGGUCCGAUAGCGAACCCCACGCUCUACGGGGCCCCACCCGUUUCCUUGUCGCCGGGGCAACCCCAGCAAAUGAUGGCUCCGCCCUUCUACACGCCACCUGGGGUGAUGACCUUCCCCUACCCAGCCAUGUACACCAACCCACAGGCCCAGUCCCAGGUGUACGGCGGAGUGACCUACUACGACACCAUGCAGCAGCAUGCCCAGCCCAAGCCCUCGCCCCCCCGACGAUCCUCGCAGCCAGUCACCGUCAAGCCCCCCCCACCAGAAAUGUCCUACGCCUUGGAGUGACCCCCCCCCCCCCCAAACCGGCCUGUACCCCUCUGUCUAUCCCACCACCGUCUCAACCACCACAAAAAUGAUUUAUUCUGGAGCAGGGUGGGAGUGUGACUUAGGAGUUGUGGGUCCACAUCGACCAAUCCGAGAAACAUCGGCGAGGGGAGGAGGAGGUUGAAGGAUGGGGUGUCGGGCGGGGCCACGGUGCUCGGCAGCCAAUCGGAAGCCUCUCCUGUGAAUUUAGAUGAUUUGAAGUAUCAGAUGAUUUGGUCAAAGGUGUAUUUUUUUAGUUUUCUUUUUGACUAGUGCUCCCCAGUGGUGACGUGUCUAGUGUUGAGUGUGGGUCACGACAAGUGAGCAAGGCAGCCUGCUGUCACGUGCCCGCCUUAUGUCCGGUGGGUCAGUGCUCUUAGUGUGUUGAAACACGGCGGCGGCAGCAGUCGGUAUGUCACUCUCACUACUUGAAAUGUAACACAAAUGGAGGUCCAGCUGUGUGUCUCCACGUAAUAACCCUUUAGAAACCACUCUGAAUUUCAUAUGGGGUUUUGCAAACUGUCAUGGCAUGCGGCCCACAAUGUAUAGCUCAAUAUAUUCAGUUUAUUGUAUAAAAAAAGAUUAUAAAGAGGCAGAAAUUAAUCAAAUAAUUUUUAUUAUGGCAAUAACAGGGAGUGUUUAACGAGAGACCCAGGUAUAUAAAGUUAUACUUGUUUAAUGGAUUCAAAUGGUCAUUAUCUUUUAUAAAACGUUUUUAUUUACCUUUAUGUCCACUUCUGCCCUUGGCUGAUUCAUUUUGUUAUGGAAGGAAAAAGGAGUUUACUCCUUUCUAUCCUUCGGCCUAUGUCACCGUACUGUAGUUUUCCUUGGAGUCACAUGAUAUUUGUGUUAGUUACUUAAGCCUGGGACCUGAGAACAAAUCCCCCCCCCCCCUCAGACCAGAGAAGACUCGGUCAGAAAAACCCUUUUGUCUUGAUAUAGUUGCACGUUGAGUUCAUAAUUGUAUCCAUUAUUUGCUUGGAAUUGGUAUAUAGACUACAUGUUACUUUUUUCAAUGUUGUGUCAUUUGGUUGAUUUCUUUGUCAGUUAAUCAUAAAUGGUGCAAGUGGUACAUGAUUCAUUGCUAAUAUCAGCAGUCGUGUGUGUAUAUACAUAUAUAAAAUGUUGCUGUACAUAUCUAAAUCUGUAUAUAGAAUGUUGAUGGAGGCAAAGUGAAGGUGGGAACGAUUGUUAUACUACUGCUACUGGCUCCUCCCACUCAACUCGAAUUGAAUGUGUCAGAAACCUGGGCAGAAUCUACGGUCGUCCUUUUUUUGAGCUAAAGCAUUGAAUAGUACUAUAAACAAGUCCAAGGCACCCUUUGAUUUCAUGGUCAUCUUAGUUGGUUGCUCUAGUUUAAUUUAAUUUCUGUCUCUUUGGAUUCUCUAUUUUGGUCAUUAGGGGCGUCCUACACCAAGGGGGGGGUUUACUUGACCUGGUCUUUGGAUUGUUUUGUGUAAGAAAAGUGUUGGGUUAUGAAUGCAUGUGAUGCAAUGACAUUUAGAAUUUCUCCCCGUUAUGGGUUUGAUCUCAGUCCAAUAAAAGAACAUCACAGCUUGCUACUGAUUAGUUUACCGUGUACAGGUGACCUCUUCCUAUUCCUUUAGGCCUAUUUCCAGCAACAUGGGGCUUACAGCUAAUGUUUAGUUAUUACACCGGACAUGCAAAUACUACAAUGGAGUUUCUAGUUUUUACCCAAGGUGUAUCUUCUAAAUCAUCAAUGACCCCACACUUUAGUUAACAUAGUUGCAUGUUUUCUCAAGACUAGGAUAUGUUCCAUAAGGUCUGGCGUUGCUCAAAUGAUUAAGAGCUUAAUACAUUUUUUGUUAAUCUAAUACACCCUUUAAAAGUGGAAACAAGAUGCUUCUUCAGUCUGUCUUCAUUAAUAUACUUCCCUAUGCUUUCGCAGCAGUUGUGUGCAGUCUUUUUUGUCAAACGGGGUGCUUUCUAAUUUAGUGGCCAGUGGAUAAUGGUUUGGGGUGAAAGCUGAUUGAUAUGCAUGUGUGCCUAAUGGGGACCAUUUGUAUUGAAUGAAACUACUGCAGGAAAAUGUUAAUGCAUUUCUGUUGGUAAAGGGUUCGGGACUGUUAACGCACACGUGCAUCCCUAGUGUAUCAGCUUUUGUUGACCAAACUGGUAGCAUUCUGUAAUCCGCCUUAUAUAAGAAACACGCUUCUGAUCUAACAGGACAGCGCAUGCUUUUAUUCUGCUUCCAUUUCAGGACAUAGGGGGUUGAUUCAUUAAAAGACAAUUUCAAAUUUUGUUUUUUGCACUGGCACAUAUUCUGAUUUUGUUUUAAGAAAAUCCAAUGCCUUUAUGAAUUUCCUGGAUUGGAACACUCUACGAUGCACACAGUGCUGGUGUUGACAACAUAUCUGUUAGCUGAUUGACCUUUGAGUUGAAAAGACUUUGUUCACUGUGAUAACAGUUCUUUCAUAGCCGUUUUAAUGUUCCAAAUGGAGACAUGUUUUUUCUUUGAGUUUUUCUUUCCAUUCAGAAGAACAAUAAAGUACAUGGUUAAUGUA